AUAGUCACCAAAGUUACCUCGAAAAUGCAUUGACAAAUAAAUAAAUGUCUUUUAAAAAACACAAAGAGCUAUUUUAGGAACUUUAUUUUAAAUGUUUAUAACCAAUAUAAUUAUUUUGAUAUAGGUAUUACUGUAGUCAAGCAACGAUUACAAAUAAUUUUAAUUCAUAAAUGUCUGUAAAUCGACUACAAAUUCUAAAGGUGACAAUAAAUGGAAAACCAAAUAAAUAUUUUAAAUAUGGAAUUAGAAAAUUAUGACGGAGAUAUAAAAGAUCUAAACGAAGAACUAAAUUCUUUAAAAAACAGCCACGCCAUUUUAAAGAAAGAAUUCUCAUCGGUUAUUGAAGAAAAUAAGAAAUUGUCCGAUACUUUGAAAAAACUCUUGAAUACGGAAUGUAGUCUAAAAGUGAAGGUGAAUGAGGAUUACGAAAAUAUAAUUGCUAAUCUGAAAGGACGAAUCGAUGAGCUAUUAACGGAGAAGAAUACUGUCAUGAAAUUAUGGCAGAAUAGCGCUAAAACUAUUGAGAUAUUAGAAGAUAAGGCUAGAAUGAUCAGUCUGGGACAAGAUGAUUAUAUGACAAAGCCUGAAAUAGAAAAGAUUAAACAAUCUUAUGAGGAAAAAUUGCAACAAAUGCAGCAAAAUUUGAUAUCGACCAAAGAGAAAUUCCACGAGUCCAUGAAAUAUUCCGCUGAAAAACGAGACGCUCAAAAGGAAUCGGAUAUCGAGCGAUCACUCGAAAAUCAGGCGACGGCAUUUAAGAUAGUUAAGAAUUUGGAGUCGGAAAUACUGACACUGCAAACUCGCCUAGAGUACACGUUUGAGCAAAAAUUGAUGCUGGAGAAGUCUUUAAUGUGCAAAGAUGGAAUCGUUGAAGGUAAAUCUUAUUUAUAA